GUGUAUGAAGCUGAUUGUGUCUUUGUCUCUUCCUCCAGGAUGGACCAUGGUGGACUGCAGAGACUGAAACCUGGUGUGAGGAAGUAUGCCUGUGAACUGGAACUGGAUCCAAACACAAUGAGCAGAAACCUCAAACUGUCUGAUAACAACAGGAAGGUGACACAUGUGAAGGAGGAUCAGUCAUAUCCUGGUCAUCCAGACAGAUUUGAUGUCUGGCCUCAGCUGCUGUGUAGAAAUGUUCUGACUGGUCGCUGUUACUGGGAGGUCGAGUGGAGAGGAAGAGUUUAUAUAUCAGUGAGUUACAGAAGAAUCAGCAGGAAAGGAGACAGUUAUGACUGUUUGUUUGGACAUUAUGAUCAGUCCUGGAGUCUGAGCUGCUCUGAUGAUGGUCGUUACUCUGUCCGUCACAAUAACAGAGAAACACCCAUCUCCUCCUCCUCCUCCUCCUCCUCCUCCUCCUCCUCUGUCUCUAACAGAGUAGCAGUGUAUGUGGACUGUCCUGCUGGCACUCUGUCCUUCUACAGAGUCUCCUCUGACACACUGAUCCACCUCCACACCUUCAACACCACAUUCACUCAACCUCUGUGUGCUGGGUUUGCAGUCUACUGGUCUGGUUCAGUCUCUCUGGUUCCUCUGUAGGAGGGAGAGUCUCUCUGUGUCCUCUGUAGGAGGGAGAGUCUCUCUGUGUCCUCUGUAGGAGGGAGAGUCUCUCUGUGUCCUCUGUAGGAGGGAGAGUCUCUCUGUGUCCUCUGUAGGAGGGAGAGUCUCUCUGGUUCCUCUGUAGGAGGGAGAG